CUGUGUGCUCCUCGCCCGCCGUCACUGUCUGUGUGGGUGUGGGGGUCAUUGAUGGGCUUGUAGAUCGGUCAGGGGGUGCGUCGGUGUCUGUGCCGCAGCAGGUACGUCGCACCCUCUUGCUGCACACACACACACACACACAGACGGACAGGGAAGCAGAGCCAGUGGCUGAGCAAGUAGCUUAGCUCCUGUGUGUGCGCUUCCCGACGCACCUGAGUGGUCUCGAGUAGCUUCGUUCGCACGUCGGGGUCAUCCAGAUGCUGCGAGUGGAUCACCUGCACACCACAGCCAAAACCACACACGAAGGAGGCAAGAGAUCAAGGCAGGCAUAUGCUCUGCGUGGAUUGGGGGGCAUCCCCUCACUCACCAGGUGAAUGAGUUUGUGUGCGAUUUCCAUGACGUUGACGCCUUCGGCGAUGAUGCCCAUGUCGCCCUCGGCCCCCCCUAGCUGUCCACUGUCGGUCAUGGAAGAUGCGUCGCUGUCGCCGUUUGUCGACUCGCUCUCGUCGUAGUGCAUGCGAUUCAACAGACUACUGUACUCCAACUGACCACACCACACGAUGCAACCAACGCAAGGCAACCAAGGCAAACAAACACAUGACUGACUGACAAGCAUCGCAUCGCUCGCUGUGUGGAUCGAUGAGUGAGUGAGUGAGUGACCUUGAAGACGUCGGCGCAGAGCUCGCGGUGGAUCGACACGGGAAUCAGACUGGUCAGUCAGUCAAGUCAGUCACAGUGGGAUGGAAAAGAAAAUAUUUCCAGCAUCUAUGCCAGCCAGUGCCUGCCUGCCUGCCUGCCUGGAUUGAUUGAUUGCGUGCGUGCCUACCGUACCUCGGUUCCACAUACUGGAUGAGUUGUAUGAGUGUGGCCGCCACCAGGUGGCUGCCGGGGACGCUCACAUGCGUACCUUAACCAACCAAGGAGGGAGGGAGAGAGAGAGAGAUCCACCAUCCGUUCGUCGAGGUCAGUCAGGUCGUUUAGUCGUGACCGCACUCACUCACUCACGCACCUCUCAUGCAGGCGGCGCCCAGGACACAGACGAUGACCUCGAUGAUCAUCGGCAGGUAACCACGGGAGGCGAUCGCAUCGUACAUCUUAGAUACACACACACACACACACACGUGGGCGGUUGGUUUGGGCGGGUGGGUGGCUGGGUGCGUGGCGUGGGCUGGCCGGUUCCCUCCCCUCCUUACUCUGAAGUAGGUGAGGUCUGGGUGGUGUUUGAGUGAGCUGAGGUACAGAACGGCGAAGUCUAUCGGGGUUUUGAGCAGGAAUCGACCACUCAGAGUCUGACAGACCGCACACACCAGAGAGAGCUUCGUGAAGGGCUGGCUGGUGGGCGUGCGUGUGUGUGUGUGUGUGUUUACGUCCAUGAUGUCCAGUUGAAUGGUUUUGACCUGGUGCACCGACCGCAGGUAGGGCGCCGCACGCACAAACGCUGACAGCUGCGGCACGGAACGAUCCUCAAAAUACUCCUACACACACCACAUCAGCGCGACACAUGCACAUGAAGACGGAGGCAUCGAUUUGUGCGUGUCGGUCGGUCGGUGAUGGGCUGGGCUGGGCUGAAAGUGACCUACCUGUAGUCCGGCGCCGAUGAAGAGGCAUGCGACGGAGAGGACGGGCAGGUGUGCCGUCUGGAUGGGCUGUGUCGAGUACUUGAGGAACCGAUCCAACGCAUUCACCGACGUCAGAAACGUCUUCAUCUGCCAACGCAAACUGAAGCAAGCAACCAACCAGCCAAACCAACGCCAUACACACAACCGUGGUUACACACACAACACACACUGAUCCCAUGAUUCCAUCGCCGCCCUCUCCCUCCCAUCCGUCAGCCAUCCCCCCUGUGUGUACCUCUGGCAGACUUCGCUCAUCCACUGCACGACUUUCCGUCGGUCCCGUGCGGUGAUGGGUGCUGUGCGCAUCGGCUGUGUGUGCGCGGGGCUGCCCUGACCCGCCGGCUGGUCAGUCGUGGUGGGCCCACCACCACCACCAGGGGAGCGUGAUGGUGUGGGUGGCGACUGGUCCAUCGACGCGUCACACAUGUCGGGAUUGAUGGUGCAAUCCACCUCACUGCGAUAGCAACCUACAAGACACAUCACAUCACAUACACACAGACAGGCGAUGAGAUGCGAGCGGCACCAAUCCACCCCACCCACACCACACGUGUGGUGUGCCGCCCCGAUCACGUGUAGGGGUGUCUGUCUGUGUGCGUACCCUUGAUGGCGUUGGGUGCAUCCCGGAUGAGUUGUAGCUGCUCGGGGUCCAUGAGUAGUGUCUCAGCGAUGGCGUUGAUCUCCCGCAGCACCUCGGCCGGCUGGUCGGGCACGCCGAACAGGUCUAUGCCCGGGAAGGGCGACGAGGGGGUGGACGGGGUGCCGCUCAUCGUGGGGGUCGACGGGUAGCCCAACAACAUGCCUGCACUCUCCCCCUCCACCAUCGCCGUGUCCUGCAUGUGUAUGUGCAUCACAGUCACACCACACGGACGGACAGGAAGUCAGUAGGUCGUUGCAACCGCGGCGUUGUGAUACAUAUCAGUCGGUAGCUCUCUUUCUUGUCUCACCUGUCCGGACGAUACGGAUGACCCACCAUAGGAUAUGGCUCUAGUGAUGCCGGGCUUGUGUGGGGGCAGGUGUGCGCACAGCGCAGCCGACUCGCCGAACCGCCCGCUACUGCCACCCUCACUGUCCUCCUCGCUCGAUGUGCUCGACGGCGCACUGGUCGAUGCCGUCCACUCGUGCGGCUUGUGGUCGUGGGUGUCGAGGUCCAUCCCCAUGGGGCUGGACCCUCUGUGGUGGGUGAUGGGCACCGUGAUGGGCUCGCGCACCGCCUGCAGGGUGAGGUUGGGGCGACGGCUGUGUGCCGACUGACCGGUGGGAAUUGGCAUGUCGGGGUGGUCCGACGACUGGCGAGGAGCGUCGCACUUGGGGGGUGCGGUUGCGGCUGUGUGGUCGUCGACGGUAAGGGAGAUGCUGCGAGUGAGGGACAGCACCUGAGCACAGGGGGGGCAAACCACCCACGUGUGUGGAUCCUCCGUGUGUUUCUUUCUUCCCCCUUUGCCCCGUGACACACACCGGUGCGCACCUUAUCGCCGGUUUGUGUCAUGAUGGCUUUGGUCGACACCGACUUGCCCAUGGUACUGUAGGCGCUAUGGCUGCCCUGGUCAUGCUUGCCCACCAGCAGAUGUGAGUGGCCACCGUACCCAUGGGUGCUGGCCGUGAGCUUGUGGGGCAGAAUCUCCUUCCCAUGACCACCAACACCAACCGCCCCCGUGCUGCGGUAGGGGCAGCUCUUGGCGUAGCCCGCUGACAGCACCGUCACCACGCCCUUGUUAGUGGUCGCCUCACCGGGAUGCGUGACGCUGCGGAUGUCGUGUGCAGGGCCCUUGCGGAAGGCACAUGACAAGGCCUGCAUGGGGCGGCUGUAUGGGGCGCCCGGCUUGCCCUGGGUGGUGCCGACUGACGACUGCGCCGGCGGGACGGGCAGGUAGUGCGUCGAGCGGAAGGGCAUGGCGGCAGGCGAGGCAGGGCGACCGGGUAGAAGGGCGAGGUGGACGGGCAAAUCAAGGCGCCGACAACUCAAAUCAGCCCUGCAUGGACGGACGUCUGUCUGCAGGAAGGGAAGAGCAAUGAGACACGAUGUCUGCUGGUGCGAGUCAUGCAGCCAUGCAACAUCUCUCUCCUCCCGUGCGGCUGGAUCUGCGCAUCAUCGGACUGUCCCGCAUCGCUCACCUGCUGCUGAUGCAGGUCCUCGUGCUGAUGAGCUGGCGUGGCCCGCUCGAAGAUGAAUCAGAUCCUAACCGCCCACUAUCUCACGCACACAUCAGGACGUCCUCCAUUCAACGUACUCGCCGG